UACACCUCCUUAGAAAUCCUCCCUCCUCUCACUAACUCUCACGUAUCCUAGGCUUGUUUUGAACUUGCUAUGACAUCGAAGCUGGCCUUUAACUCCUGAUCCUUACAUCUCCUUCUUAGUACUAGAAUUACUGACCUGUGACAUCAUGCCCAGCAUGUCCUUGCGUCCCAUAAAGUUGCAUGCUCACUUCUAAGCACUCCAUGGUAUUCAUUUUGCCGGGGCAAGCAUUUUAUUAUUUAUUUAUUUUUAUAUAAGGUCUCAAUGUGUAUCAUUGACUGGCCUGGAACUCACUAUGUAGAUAGAACAAGUUACCCCAGAACUCACAGAAAUUUGCCUGCCUCUGCCAUCUGAGUCCUGGGAUAAAGGCAUGUGCCACCACACUCAGCAAGAACAAACAUUUUAAAAUAUGGCCUACUGAGUCUGCUUGUUGGACAGUUCACCUCAAGCCAGCCAUUUAUAAUCUUUGGUUUGUUUAUCCAUCUUUAAAAAAAAAGUCUGUCGUGGAAAAAGUGGGACACUGCUAAUUAAUGUGUGAAACACAUCCAUUAAUACAUUUAAAUUGCUAAUGACAGCGCAUUGUCAAAAGGCCCUCAACUAAAAUGCUGGUUGGAUGGGGGUGGUGGAGAGAGUACCUGCUGGGGGAAACAGUGAAGAGUCAGUAUUUCCCAGGGCUUGUGUAGAACCGGUAAACAGGAAGGCCCUGCACCUCUCACAGCCUUGGAAGGGAAGAUCCUGGGUGCAGGAAGCUUGGACAGAGUCAGAGAAGGUGGAAGGUAGAGAGGGUAGCUGAAAGUGACGGAGCUGAGUGUUCAAAAUGGACUUGGGAUAAAGAAAGCUUGUUCCUAUUUAGAUCACUCUUGCUUCACUCCCCAGGCAUGGCGGGCGCGCCGAUGGCUUCCUGCUUCAGGAUUAGGAUCUGAGAUUCCCAGAGCCCUUGCAGUGUGUAGAGAGACAAAAAACCCAACUCACUAGUCCAAGAACCUGGGGGCGGGGCGCACCAGCGGGGGCGGGGCAAUGGGCGUGUCUGGUCCAGGAGGGGCGGGGUCCCGGCGGUGGCGCCAAAUCGCGAACAUGGCGCCGGAGCGGCUGCGGAGCCGCGCUGUGUCAGCUUUCAAGCUUCGCGGCUUGCUGCUCAGAGGUGAAGCCACCAAGUUUCUCACUGAAGCUCUUCAGUCUGUCACUGAAUUAGAGCUUGAAGAGACCCUAGAAAAGAUCAUCGAUGCAGUUGAAAAGCAGCCCUUGUCAUCAAACAUGAUCGAACGAUCCGUAGUGGAAACAGCGGUCCAGGAGUGCAGCCAGUCGGUGGAUGAGACCAUAGAGCAUAUUUUCAAUAUCAUUGGAGCUUUUGAUAUUCCACAUUUUUUGUACAAUUCAGAAAGAAAAAAAUUUCUUCCUCUAUCAAUGACUAAUCAUGCUGCACCAACCUUAUUUGGAACAGCAAGAGAUAAAGCCGAGCUGUAUCGUGAACGAUAUACUAUUUUACACCAGAGGACACACAGACAUGAAUUGUUUACCCCUCCGGUGAUAGGCUCACACCCCGAGGAAAGCGGGAGCAAAUUCCAGCUUAAAACAAUAGAAACUUUACUGGGUAGUACAAGCAAAGUUGGCGACGUGAUUGUCCUUGGAAUGAUAACCCAGCUGAAAGAGGGGAAGUUUUUCCUGGAAGAUCCCACUGGAACAGUACAGCUGGAUCUUAGUAAAGCUCAGUUCCACAGUGGCCUAUACACCGAGGCGUGCUUUGUCCUGGCGGAAGGUUGGUUUGAAGAUCAAGUGUUUCAUGUCAAUGCCUUUGGAUUCCCACCCACUGAACCCGCUAGUACCACAAGGGCGUACUAUGGAAAUAUUAAUUUUUUUGGAGGGCCUUCUAAUGCAUCAGUGAAGACUUCUGCGAAACUGAGACAGCUGGAAGAUGAGAACAAGGACGCCAUGUUUGUGUUUGUGUCUGAUGUUUGGUUGGACCAAGUGCAAGUGUUGGAGAAGCUUCACAUAAUGUUUUCCGGUUAUUCUCCGGCACCUCCAACCUGCUUUAUUCUCUGUGGUAAUUUUUCAUCUGCACCAUAUGGAAAAAAUCAAGUUCAGACUUUGAAAGACUCCCUAAAGUCUUUGGCAGACAUAAUAAGUGAAUACCCAAGUAUCCACCAAAGUAGCCGCUUUGUGUUUGUGCCUGGUCCCGAGGACCCUGGCUUUGGUUCCAUCUUACCAAGGCCGCCACUUGCUGAAAGCAUCACGAAGGAAUUCAGACAAAGGGUCCCUUUCUCAGUUUUCACUACCAAUCCUUGCAGAAUUCAGUAUUGUACACAAGAAAUUAUUGUCUUUCGUGAAGACUUAGUGAAUAAAAUGUGUCGAAACUGUGUUCGUUUUCCUAGUAGCAGUUUGGAUAUUCCUACUCAUUUUGUAAAGACUGUCUUAUCUCAGGGACAUCUGACUCCUCUGCCUCUUUAUGUCUGCCCCGUCCACUGGGCAUAUGAUUAUACUUUGAGAGUGUACCCUGUGCCCGAUCUGCUGGUCAUUGCAGACAAGUAUGAUCCGUUCACCGUGACCAACACUGAGUGCCUCUGCAUAAACCCUGGCUCUUUUCCAAGAAGUGGAUUUGCAUUCAAAGUUUUUUACCCUUCCAGUAAGACAGUGGAAGACAGCAAACUUCAGGGCUUUUGAGAUUCAUGAGAAUAAAUGAAAUGAAUUUUCUUAUUUUUAUCUUGUGUAAUUUGUAUAUUAAAUUGUAAUAAAGUUAUGGUAAACCUUAGAAUGUUCUGCACAAAUUGUAUUUUAUGAAAAUUUAAUGUUAUGUUACACUUCAGAAAAUUUUAUAGAAAAAUGUUUUCUCUGCAGUCUCAAAAACCUGCAGGUAUGUUUAAAAUGUAAUGCAACGACAUAUUUACACUUGUUUCACUAUUUCCAUGCUAGUCACAAUCCAGUCCAUUUUAAAAGUAAGUUUUUAAAAUUUUGUGAAUCGGGUUGGAGAGAUGGCUCAGAGGUUAAGAGCACUGACUGCUCUUCCAGAGGUCCUGGGUUCAAUUCCUAGCAACCACAUGGUGGCUCACAACCAUCUGUAAUGAGAUCUGGUGCCCUCUUCUGGUGUGCAGGGACACAUGCAGCCAGAACACUGUAUACAUAAUAAAUAAAUAAAUCCAUAUACACACACACACACUCUAAGGGGCUCAGUAGAGAAGAUUGCAUUUUGCCCUUCUAGAGGACCCAAGUUCAGUUCCCAGCACCUCCAGUGGGUGGCUUACAACCACUACAGUACAGGACUAGGGGAUAUAACUGACUCAUCUAGCCUUGGUGCGCACCUGCACUCCCGUGCACAUACAUACACGAU